AGUUCUAGAUUCAUGUAACCGUAUUUUGAUUGCACUUUCGGAUUCCGAUUCGUUUGGCUCGGAUUGACGAGCGAAUUAUCAAUCUAGUCGGUGUCGGUCAAUGCGAAUAAUGAAUCAAGUAUGUCGACUAACCUGGCGACCUCGGCAUGCUACGGGUUUAAAUAUAUUUCCGAGUUCUUUGCGACGAUCUGUUUCAUUAGCAACUGCAAAGUAUGCUUUCACGGUGCGGCAAAUCAGUGAAAACUGUCAUUCAUUCGAAACAAUGCUUACCAACCGACGAGCAGAAGCUCGUCGAAGUAUUUUGGUACAAGUCAGCUCAGAACGAUCGUAUCCAGAGCUAUGGUCGUAUUGUUCCCAGUUCGGAUCAAUAGCUAGCUCUCAUCACUACAGAGUAGGUGGCAGUGGGUUCGGUUUCGGCGAGGACGAAUCUGACUGUCAUUAUGUACUGGUAGAAUUCGGCGCACCGGAUGCAGCCGAAGCUGCCAUGCAUUCAGCUGUGUUCAACGAAGAGAAACCUGGCGUGCGAGCAAGAUCAGUUUUUCUGUGGUUCAGAGCUGCACCGAAACCUAGAUUGAAUGCACAAACGGUUAAAUCUCACGAAAGUAUCAAGAGCAAUCUGAGCAGUAUUAACGGCACACAAAUGAUACAAGAUGAUGACCUGAAAAGCUUACUUCUCUCAGCUGAAAGCAUCGAGGAUCAGAUACAAAUUCUACAUCGCACGACAUGUUUGAAUGAUUUGGGAAAAAGAUUACGCUUUCUAGCGGCUCGUCAGGUGGAGACAUCUCUACAAGGGAUUUUCCCAAAGGCAAUGGCACACCCAUUCGGCUCAUCGGUAAAUGGGUUCGGGAAAAUGGGUUGUGAUUUGGAUUUAAUAUUGGAUCUUGAUUCUGAAACUGCGCCAAAUCAGAGUCGGGACCUUCGUCUUGUUUAUCACACAAAAGCGUCGAACAUCAACGAAAGGUCCCAGGUCCAACGUCAGCUGGAAUCAAUCGGUGAUGUACUGCAACUGUUCCUGCCCGGAGUCAACAGCGUUCGUCGAAUAUUGAAAGCACGAGUGCCGAUAAUUAAAUACCACCAUGAGCAUCUAGAUCUGGAAGUAGAUUUGACGAUGAGCAACAUGACCGGCGUCUACAUGUCAGAACUGCUCUACCUCUUCACCCAAAUUGACAACCGAGUUCAGCCCCUCACUAGCUGCGUACGGAAGUGGGCACAAUCGGUUGGUUUAACCAAUCAAGCUCCUGGAUUUUGGAUUACCAACUUUUCACUAACCAUGCUCGUCAUGUAUUUCCUACAGCAACUGGGUGACCCAAUCCUGCCAUCGAUCAACAAAUUAAUGCAAAAUGCGAGCAAAGCUGAUCUGCGUUUCUCUGUCGAUCAUAUUAGUUGCGUCUUUCUUCGCGACGUUGGUAAACUUAACUUUAAAAGCCAGAAUACUUCUACCGUGGAGGAAUUGCUGCUGGAAUUCUUUCAGUUCUAUUCAAGCUUUGACUUCAAUCAACGGGCGAUUAGUUUGAACACCGGUUCGUCUAUUCUCAAACCAGACCACAGUCCAAUGUAUAUCGUGAACCCCCUAGAAACCGUCCUCAACGUGAGCAAGAACGUGAAUCUCGAAGAAACGGAACUCUUCCGAAUACAAGUUCGGAAUGCACUUUGGCUUCUCGAUACUCACGACAAAUUCACGACAACCAGCGGUGAUGAUUGGGGUCUGGUUAGCUUAUUUGGAAACAGUAAAACCAAAGAUAGGAUCACUCCUCAGAUGUUUUUCACCAAGCGGUUGGUGAAUGUGAAAGACAUCCUAGAAGGAACCAUACCGGAGGACAAACUAGAAUACAAAAAUCAGCAAGUGAAGGAGCGAAUAGCGAACAUUCAGAAGACGACCCGAGAGGAGAUUAGCAAACUUGCUAAGAAGUCACUCAACGGUGCCGGUGAAAUGGCAAACAAUGGGUUUAAGCUGAAAAGGAAGGCUAAACGACGGUGAUAAUAGGGACCGUGCGAGACUGUAGGUUUUGCUUUGAACUUUGUUGGACAUUUCCAAUAUUCAAUCGUUAGAUGAAAUGCAUUCGAAGAGUGUAGAAAAAAUUUACUUGUUUACACUUGUACGAUUGAAGGAAGAAAGAUGUAUAUACAGACUGCACGUAACCAUUAAAAAUCUUUUGUAUUGGGUUA